CUUGAACCUCCUGCUAGUAUGCUAAUUGCCAAUCGUGUUACAUGCUGCAUGAUAAAUUGGUAAUGCUCUUGCAUACCAAGAACUUUCAAUUGAAACGCCUUGUCUAUGCGCACCUUCGCUCCCGGGCCAGUGGCCAAACCAAGCAUGACGAGAAACACCAAUUUGUCGCUCACCUCCAUCGAAUCAAUAAUAGAUGCUUGCCACCAGAGUUGUUGCUACUAAUCUUUGAGCAUGUUUACGCAGAUACUAGUAGUAUGUUGAACGGAGAGUGGAUUGCAUGUAGCUCGCAGUCUCUCACGCAGUUCCCAUUUUCUCCCGCGGCCGUAUGCAAGGCCUGGAGAGAUGUUCUUGCGUCGAUGCCACGCUUUUGGACACGUGUCAUCAUCAAUCUUGACACUACCAAGCUUUCAGACGUCGCUACAUACCUUCAUCUCUCCCGAAAACUCGCUUUCGAAAUCGUCGUCACACGAGACCAACAAAUACUUUCUCAUUCUCGCACAAAUAAUGAGGACGAGGGCGACAAAGCAGCCGCAGUCAUGGCGCAGAUUCUUCUUUAUAGCUCCUCUUUGCCUGCUCUUCGCCAUCUGAAGCGGCUGAAGCUGCAAUGUGGGGUCGAUGAUGGGGAACAUCCCCUCGUAGGCAGCGAAGUUCCCGAGCAAUGGCACUUCUACGCUCCAGCGCUUCGGCACCUCUUUCUCAACGGGCGCAAUUUCCGUGACGCUUGCGCCCUUGGUUGGGAUCUAUGUGUUUCACGCUAUUCCGGUGGCAAAUUUCCAACAGGAGAGUUGCACCUGCACGACGUUUUGUUUGUCGUCGACAGACUUCAUCACUGGUUUGGAACACUUCAGAAGCUGACUCUUCAAGAUAUCUUGUUUGAUGGUAUCCUCACGCAGCCGGACGGCUACGACAUUGAGAUCGAAGCUGUGAGCCUGCAGUCCAUUAGCCUCUCGACGAUCCGUGCCAUGUUCAUGUCUAAGACCGGACCAGCUCCACGCCUUGUACAUAUCAAGCACGAGCUCUCACCUAGUUUAGAUCAAAUUCGCUUGACUCAGGCUGGCACCCUCGUGCUGGAAGGUGCUUUCUCACGCAUGGCUGAUGCUAUCAAUAUCUGGGACGGCAAUUGUCUUUCCAUCAAACACUGCCCCACCUUUAACGAUCACACCAUCUGGAACAUUCACCGUCAAAAUUGCACAGAGUUCUCCGCAGGUGCGCUUCUGGCCUUCCUCGAUGCACGCGAUGAUGCGGUGCAACGAGCGUGGGAUAGAGACAUCACAUCACAGGUCCACUUCAACAGCUUGCAGGUUUUGCAGGUACAUGGCGGGCCCCCCAUCUCUCCAAGGGACGCAAAGGAAUUCAAAGAGAGGUUGCUCACCUUCGGUUGGCAUGAAGCAGCCACAGGUAUAACAUAUUAGCGGAGCAUAGGUAUGCGAGGGUCACCGUUGACACCCUGAGGGCGGGUGUGUUCUUUUUUUUUUACUGCAACUCAUCUAUCAGAAACUCGUAGAAUGGCUACUAUGUAGGGUACGUGGCAAAUACUACUACUCUAGCUCAAUUUUACCAGGGGGAAGCAUGACGAUAAGUAGGACACAAUACAUAUGGAUUGAUCUCUACGGCGGGUUUCUGUUUCGCUCGAAUCCACUCUUACGAGAGGCUUUGGAUACUGAUAUAAUACUGUAUAGUGGCAAUCAUUCUAUGUUACAGUUGAUGAACCGCUGAUUCAAUUUUGUUGGACUCAUGUGUACUUACGUUACGCGCAGGUCUGAAUUUUGGAGGUCUCUGUCGGUGAUCGGGAAAGCAGCUGAUAUCCGAUCACGAGUUCAGCUUGAGGUCGUUGGCCGAGCUUGACCGUAGAGGUGGCCUAUUGGCGCUCAAGCGCUCAAGGCCUAUCA